GCAGCAGCGACAACACAAAUAGAAAGUGAAAGUGAAAGUCGAGUUGGAAAAUAUUUUGGCGGAGCUCGUGUUCUUGUUAAGAAAACACAAUAAUCGAUCAAAUAAACUGGAAAACGUCGGACAGGAUGGACAGGCGUUCAGGAGAUCCCGUUCAUUGCAGUAAAACGAACAAGAAAAGACACAUCCAGAGAAUGAGGAGUCCCUCACGGUACACCCACCUCUAUCGGCCAAGGUUUGAGGGAAAAUAUUUUCGUUCUCGCUUCAGGUUUUUCAGGACUAUGGAGGAGCGUUUUUUACAACGUCCAAAUUUUGCAAUGAGGUACCAGAGGCAUCAUAGAGGUCCGUGGACCAGCUUACAGCUGAGCCGUAGGCCCAGAGCCUCUCCUCCUCCCAGACAUCGGUUCAAUAAAGGCCUGGACAAGAGUUCCUUCACAGCACUUAGACAACACAUCAAACCAGGCACCACAGACAUUCCCUGGCCAUCCUCUGGAGACAGACCAUCACUGCCAUUCACAGCAUCACAGAAGGCCAGCAAGAGAAAUGCAGCACGAAACAGAGCCAUACAGAAGAAGCAAGAGCAGAUAGAGGAGGUGUAUCGGCAGGACUGUGACACAUUUGGCAUGGUUGUGAAGAUGUUGGUGACCAAGGAUCCAUCCUUGGAGAAGUCAAUUCAGCUGUCUCUGCAUGAAAACCUGAGGGACAUCGGCAUGCGCUGCAUCAAGGCCAUGGAGCAGUUCAUCCAUGAGUAUGAUUCCCGAGAGCUAGACACUCCAUCCACCUCCCAAACACAUCCCAUCAAGUGACGACUGCAAACACACGGCUGAAUGCAGAUGCUUAUUUAUUAACUUCUUAUUCACGCUAUCCAUUCAACUUUAAAAAUGUGCUUUAUUAACACACCUGUAGCUCUAUCAGCGUUUCUUUAAAAGAUUUGUAGCACUGAUCCAAAUGCUAAAAAGCUGUCACGAUAUUGACCCAGUUAAUAUACAUUGACAAUAAAAUUGUUUUUUAGUA